CCCACGCGCCCCGGCGGAGCCGGCCCGCGCCCCGGGGCUCGCCGCUACCGGAAGUGACGUGCUUCACCUGCCGAGCGAGGGCGGGGUGGGACGGGGGUGCGGAGGUGCCGCCGCCGCCAGCCAGUCGGGAGCGCGCGAGGAGCCGGGUGACUGAGACCCCGGGUGAGAGCCGCCUACCUGCCGUCGCCGCCCACGGCCGGGCCGCCACCAUGGUGCUUCUGCUGCGCUUCGUGCUCCUGUGCGGAGUCGCGGAUUUCACCAGAAGUUUGAGUAUUACUACUCCUGACCAGAUGAUUGAGAAGGCCAAAGGGGAAACUGCCUAUUUGCCGUGCAAAUUUACUGUUGGUUCAGAAGACCAGGGACCGCUGGACAUCGAGUGGCUACUAUCCCCAGCUGAUAAUCAGAAGGUGGAUCAAGUGAUUAUUUUAUAUUCUGGAGACAAAAUUUAUGAUGACUACUACCAAGAUCUGAAAGGACGAGUACAUUUUACAAGUAGUGAUCUCCAGGCUGGUGAUGCGUCAAUAAAUGUCACCAAUUUACAGUUGUCGGAUAUUGGCACAUAUCAGUGCAAAGUGAAAAAAGCUCCUGGUGUGGCAAAUAAGAAGAUUCAGCUGACAGUUCUUGUUAAGCCUUCGAGCACAAAAUGUUACAUUGAUGGAUCAGAAGAAAUUGGAAGUGACUUUAAACUAAAAUGUGAAUCCAAAGAAGGUUCACUUCCAUUACGCUAUGAAUGGCAAAAACUGUCUGACUCACGGAAGCUGCCCACCUCGUGGUUACCAGAAAUGACUUCACCUGUUAUAACUGUAAAAAAUGCCAGUACUGAGUAUUCUGGGACAUACAGCUGUACAGUCCAAAACAGAGUGGGCUCUGAUCAGUGCCUGCUGCGCCUGGACGUCGUGCCUCCUUCAAACAGAGCUGGAACAAUUGCUGGGGCUGUUAUAGGAACUUUGCUUGCUCUAGUGCUCAUUGGUCUUAUCAUGUUUUGCUGUCACAAAAAGCGCAGAGAAGAAAAAUAUGAAAAGGAAGUUCAGCAUGAUAUCAGGGAAGACGUGCCGCCGCCAAAGAGCCGUACGUCCACUGCCAGGAGCUACAUCGGCAGCAAUCACUCAUCCCUGGGGUCCAUGUCCCCUUCCAACAUGGAAGGAUAUUCCAAGACUCAAUACAACCAAGUACCAAGCGAAGACUUUGAACGCGCUCCUCAGAGUCCAACUCUCCCACCUGCUAAGUUGAAGCAUGCUCACAAGACUGAUGGCGUUACAGUGGUAUAAAUAUGAAGCACUACUGAAGAAUCUGAAGCACUGUACUAUUUGGCUUUAUUUUAGACCUCUAGUAAAGACAUGUUGGAAAAAAGCACCAGUCAAGAGAUUAGAGCGCCUGUUAAGAACAUUUCUGCUUUAUGCAAAGCAUUAGGCAUAUAAGUCAGAUGUCAUAUCAAAAUUAGUACAGGCCAGAUUCUUGGUCAAGAAAAUUCUACGUAUAGUGACUCUGAUGGUUGAAAGAUGUUUUAUUAUAUUUAUAUUUCCAAUUAGCUACUACUAAUAAAUUUUAGACUUUUUAUAUGCAUAUUUUGGUACUGUAGCCAUUGGGAAAGGUAUAGUUAAUAAAAAGUUGAUUUUUUUAACAGAAAGUUU